AUGCUUUUAAAGGUUGUAGUUAUGUUUCUAAUGGCCCCCUAAUUGUGAUUUCAUUGAUAGUUAUUUAAUUUUACUUGCUUUUCAGUUCCUUCUUGACUUUUUCUCAAACACCAUAGGUGUUUGAUGAUUUCAUCAUGUGGAUAACCAAAUAAGAAAGAAAGGAAAAGAAAAAAGCUUAGUUUUAGCUUCAGAAAAACAGAAAGAAGUGGACACUCACUUAGAGAGCAAUUCCCAGAAAAUGAAAACCACUGUUUUGGCCAAUGAUGGUUCUUGUAGAAAUACAUUGAACAAGAAAGUUGGGCAGACCCACAUACCAUUUUUGGUCUCACUAUUGCCCACAUCCCAUUUUCUAUCUUUUUUUCCUUAUUCAUUGUCUGGGUACUGUUUGAUUAAACUUUGGGAGUUCCCUAUGUAAUUCUGAACCAUUCUUUAUGUUCCCUCCUCCAUUCUAUACCAUAAAAAGAACCUCUGUUUUUGACAUAAACCACCCUCUUUGCAAAAACUAAAUUUGAAGCCUGCAUUUUGUUGACCAUAAGGGAAACCAAAAAAAUCUUGAAGCACCUAUAAUUUAGGAUGUAAAUCUAGCUGUUGAUCAGUGGAGUUGAGAAAAUGUAUUCCACUAAAUGCCCAGGCAUGGGAACCAAAAUUGAAUUUGCCAUCAAUCUUUUAGGAAGCUCCCCAAAUAGCAAGCGCUUUGCUGUGCACGGUGUGGAUGAUUGGGACUAUUUCCAGAACAGUGGGGCGAAGGUGAAGUAUUUGAAAACCGGGUUGGAGGAAAAAAUUCAAAACUCCAUGGACAAGAACAAAUUGGAUUCCAUAAAAAAGACAAUGCAGAUGCAUGAAGAUAUCUUCAAACACCAGGUAAGGGAACUGCAUCGGCUGUACAGCGUUCAGAAAAUGCUAAUGGAUGAGCUGACGAAAGAAAUUAGGCAAAGCAGACUUUGGGAUCCUUUGCGUAAACCAGAUAUCAGCCACUCUCAGUUAAUUAACUGGGAGCAAUCAGCAACAAAACAAGCACCUGGAGCUAGCUUCCAUAUCAAUAGUUUGAGAGAUGAACUAAACUCUAGAGAGUGUAGUGGUAGUUGUUCUGGAGACACCAUGCGAGUCUCGAGGGGGUUUGAUCUCGAAAGGCCUGCAGAGGAAGAUAUCUCUACAGGAGUCAGCGCCAUUGGUGAAAAUCCCAGAGGUCGAAACUCUAACAUUGCCCUCAAGAGUGGCAAGAUGAGUAUAGAUUGCCCGGAAGAUGAUAGUGAAGUUGAGCUAACACUAAGCAUUGGUAGUAGCCAAAGUAAGAAGAAAUCAAAUUCGAAGUCCCUCAAGGACAUUAAAGAGCUUGAUUCAUCUGCUUCAUUUAAAUCGGAUAGAGGAGGAGAAUGCAGUGACCCCACCACCCCAAUGAGCAGCUCCAGUGCAACAUUUGACCAAGAAAGAAAGCAGCCACAUUGGCUUUUCCACGGUUUAAAGCUCAAAUAGGAUCACUUUAACUUCAACUUCAACUUGUAUGUGUGUAUCCUUGUAAAUUUUGCAUGGGCCACUGAAUUUAUACAUGGUUCAUGCAUGAUUGAGAUUCUAAUUUAGUUCCCACUUCAAUAAAUGGAGAGUUCAGAAACCUCAUUUCUAAGCUAAGCUGUUGUAUAUAGAAUCACUUACAACUUUUGUAUUCUUCUUUUAAGAUUAAUCAACCUUUUUUCUGUAAGUAAGAAAAUAUCUCUGAACUCUGACCAAUUAAAGAACUAUUUUGGGUAGCUCAUAAA